AUGGCAGAUGGAUUCAUACCAGAGCACUUCGCCGAGGACCCCUUCCUUCAAGAUGUCAUUCCUUCCUCCAGAGAGCCCACUCAUAGGAAGUCUGCCUCUAGAACCCGACAGCGACAGACCGCCGACGCCGAGCCCGUUCUGCCAGUGGCAAAUCCUCCCGCCCCGUCCAGUCCCGCGUUUAAGUCCUUUUGCGGCCAGGUCGGAAGACUGCUCGGUCGAGUCACCGCAGAGUGCGCUGAGGGUACUGAGGACUAUCAGCGAGUCACCUCCUGGUUCUGCAAGUGGCUCAACCAGCAGGGCGUCGUCUUCCGCUUCGUCAAGCGACCCGAGGACGAGUUCGUGCAAGCCCCUCACUACACCGCUUUCUGCAGACGCGCUUCUGAUGGAGCACGCUCUGCCUUCUAUCUCUACGAGGAGACCGGAGACGAGUUCGUGAGGCUCUCGAGGCUUCCCAAGAACAAGCGCACGUACACAGCCACCUGUCUCAGCAUCAGCGACGAGAGCGCCCAGGCGUGGGCUGACGGCAUCCAGCGCUUCCUCAACGCCUCCACCGAGACGAACACCUUCAACCGCUUCCUCGAGGAGAUCUCGAAGUAA